AUGCCUCCUAAACAGUGGAUCGACAAGAAGAACGCGAGCAAGUUCCAGCUCUUCCACCGAUCCCAAAAUGAUCCGUUGAUCCAUAACGACGAAGCGGAGGACCGCUUCUUGUACCAGGUCGGAGGACCUGCUCCUGCUCCUGCGCCUGCGCCUGCCUCGAAACCCUCGAAAAAGAACCUGCCCAACCUUUCAGAUCUACAGUCCGAGUAUGGCGGCAAGGCUCGCCAGAAUGAGGGUGAGGCUGCCACCCAUGGAGUCUAUUACGAUGAUUCCAGCUACGACUACAUGCAGCAUCUCCGCGACCUGGGCACCGGAACUGGAGAUGCAUACUUUGUUGAGGCCAAGGGAGAAAAGACCAAGGGCAGAGCCGGCCGAGGCAUGAAGCUCGAGGAUGCGCUGCGACAGGUCUCCCUGGUCGACAAAGAUACCUAUGCCCCAAGCGCAUCUGGUGCUCCUAGUCUCUAUGGCUCGCAGUACGGUGACAUGCGAUCUACCACCUCAUCUUAUGUUCGCAAGCCCACCUACCAGGACCAGCAGAACGUCCCAGACGCAAUCUCUGGCUUCAAGCCAGACAUGGACCCCCGGUUGCGCGAGGCUUUGGAGGCAUUGGAAGAUGAAGCCUUCGUCGAUGAAGAGGGCGAUGAUGACAUUUUCGGUCAGUUGACUGCCAACGCAGAGGAAAUGGAUGAGGGCGACUGGGAAGAUUCUCUUUUCGACCAGGAGGACGAGGAUGAUGGAUGGGAGUCAGAUGCUACCGAGAAGGCGCCUGUGCAGCCCCACAGCACAGAUGUCAAGCAUCAAGUGGACGAAGAAUCAUCAGAUGGACCUGUAAAAAUGCCUUUGGAGCUUGGCGAGAUGCCCGCACCCGACGAGCCAGCUCCUGACAUGCAGCCCACCGAUCAAGGCUGGAUGAGCGAGUUUGCCAAAUUCAAAAAAGACGCCAAGGCUGGCAAUGCUCCUGCACCUGCUGCGCCCACCAUCGCUGCCUCACAAACUAUGGCUUCAACCGCCUUCACUGCUGGUGGUACCCCAAUCCGUCGCAAGAAGCGCAAGGGUGCUAUGACCAACCCCUCCGCCUACUCCAUGACCUCUUCUGCUCUAGCUCGUACUGAGGGCCAUCGCCUUCUUGAUGAGCGAUUUGACAAGGUCGAACAACUGUACGCGCUUGAUGAAGAAGACGAGUUCGACGACAGCAUGUCAAUGGUCAGUGGAAUGACCGGUGCAACUGGCAUGACUGGUAUGUCUAUGGCAUCGUCCCAGGCCCCAAGCUUGGUCGAUGGCAAUGGCGAAGCAGUGGGCAGCCGCAGCAACUUCAACAAUGUCAUGGACGACUUCUUGUCCAGCUGGGACCCCAACACCAGUGCGCAAGCGAAGCGUAAUGGCGCUAAGAACAAGCGUGGAAAGAACGGUAACGAGGCUAUCGGUAUCAGAAUGCUUGACGAGGUGCGAUCCGGUCUUGGUCCAGCUCGCUUCAGGGGUGAGAAGGGCAAAGCUGCCGGAAGAGCUUAA